AUGUAUUUUCAGCUCAUGUAUGGCUCUGGAAUGGUGGCAGCAGAAAAGAACCAUCUGCUUUACUACUACCAGAUGGUUCCAAAUGCACUUUAUCAGUACAGAGGGAUUAUGAAAUUACUCAAGCAUUUCAAGUGGAAUUGGAUUGCAUUCUUUGUUGCCAAUGGGAUGCAGUUAGAGAGCGUCAUGCAUGUCAUCAUUCCAGAAUAUUCAAAAAAUGGUAUCUGUACUGCAAAGGUAGAUACAUUCAUUUUAUGCAGCAAUGUAAACUACAUAAAAUGUGCAGCAAAAUUUUACUAUCAAGUCAUGAACAGCAAAGCCAACAUUCUGGUUUUCAGUGGAGACAUGCGUUCCAUGACAUUUUUGAGAUGGUUGCUCUCUUCUAAAGUCAAGCACGUCAUAGAAAAACCCAGAGGCCAUGUUUGGCUUCUGACUGCUGGGAUGGAGCUAAAAACCUUCAUUGGAAAUAAUGACUGGCAUAUACUUGAAUUCCAUGGUGCUUUAUCCUUUACCGUUCAUUCCAAUGAAGUCCCAGGAUUCCGGCAAUUUCUCCAGAACAGAAACCCUUUGAAUUCAGAAGGGGAUGGUUUCAUCAGAGAUUUCUGGGCUCAGACAUUUGACUGUCCACUCCAGGGUUCUCGGUUCCAUGAUAAGAGUGGGGAUGCCUGCAUGGGAAUGGAAAAGCUGGAGAACCUUCCUGAGCACGUCUUUCCAAUGAGGAUCACGGGCCAAAGCUACAGCGUCUACAAUGCUGUUCAUGCUGUGGCUCAUGCCUUACAUGUCAUAUAUUCAUCAGUCUCCAGACACAAGGCUACAAAUGAAGGAGUGGGAAGGAAGUGUCUCAAAUUGGAGCCAACAGAACCUGGCAGGUUUGUCCCUUUCUUUUCAAUUCAGCUUUCUCACCUCCUGAAAUCAUCACCAUUCAACAACAGUGCUGGAGACAGAGUUUCCUUUGACCAGGAUGGCUAUCUGCUUGCAGGGUUUGACCUCACAAAUUGGGUCACUUUCCCAAACCAAUCUUUCAUUGGAGUGAAAGUUGGAAGAAUGGACCCAUGGGCACCUCCCCAUAAACAACUCAGCAUUAAAGAAGAGGAGAUUGUAUGGCAUAAGGGAUUUAACCAGACACAACCUAUUUCUGUGUGCAAUGCCAAUUGUCAGCCUGGUUUUCGGAAGGAAACAAAGGAGGGAGAACCAUUUUGUUGCUAUAAUUGUGUUCCUUGUCCAAAUGGGUGGAUAUCUGACAAAAAAGAUAUGGACGAUUGUUUCAAAUGCCCACAAGAUCAGUAUGUGAACAAGGAGCGGAACGUAUGCAUUCCCAAGAUCAUAAGCUACCUGUCUUAUGAAGAACCAUUAGGCAUCAGCAUAUUCAGCUUGGCAGUCUUGUUGUCUGCUAUCACAGUUCUGAUCUUAAAGACAUUUUGGAAGCAUCACAACACCCACAUUGUGAAAGCAAACAAUCGGGACCUUUCCUACAUUCUUCUCUUCUCACUUCUGCUCUCUUUCCUUUGCUCAUUGCUCUUCCUUGGCCAACCAAUAACAUUCACAUGUCUCCUCCACCAAACCACUUUUGGGGUCAUCUUCACCAUGGCAGUUUCUUGCGUGUUGGCAAAAACCCUUAUUGUUGUUCUAGCUUUCGUAGCCACCCAGCCAGGAUCUGAGAUGAAGAAGUGGACAGGGAGAAGACUGGCCAGCUCCAUUGUUUUUUCUUGUACCCUUCUUCAAGUAGGCAUCUGUCUUCUGUGGCUCGCAACGUCUCCCCCCUUCCCAGAUACUGACGUGCACUCCAUGAGUGAAGAAGUUGUCCUCCAAUGUAAUGAGUCAUCACCCAUCAUGUUUUAUUGUGUUUUGGGCUACAUGGGCUUACUGGCCAUGGCCAGCUUCACCGUAGCCUUCUUUGCUUGAAAGUUGCCAGACACCUUUAAUGAAGCCAAAUUCAUCACUUUUAGCAUGUUGGUGUUUUGCAGUGUGUGGCUGACUUUUCUUCCAACAUACAUGAGCACCAAAGGAAAAGACACGGUCACCGUGGAGAUCUUCUCUAUCUUAUCCUCCAGUGCCGGAUUGUUGGGUUGCAUCUUUGUUCCAAAAUGCUACAUUAUUCUGUUGAGGCCUGAACUGAACAAAAGAGAGCAGUUAAUCAGCAGGAAAACAUGA